CCCACUUCUAAACCGGGAGAAAUGGAGCAUUUCCAUUGCUGCGAGAGAACUGCGAAGAGGAGGAAAGCACAGCACUGAAUCAAGUGAAGAAGAAGAAAAAUGUUUGGGACGGCAGUGAGAUUCUUAGCUAAGAAAUCGAAGCCGAAGAUGGGACCUAUUGCGAUGAAGACACCGCCGGAGCAGAGGAACACCAUCACCGCCGUCCUCUACGAUAUCGUCAAGGAGCAUGGUCCAAUCACUGUUUCCAACACCUGGGAGCGUGUCAAGGAAGUAGGGUUGAAAGAUUUAACGAGCAAGAAUCACAUGAAGAUAAUGCUGAGAUGGAUGAGGGAGAGGCAGAAGCUUCGUCUUGUUUGUAACCAUGUUGGUGCACACAAGCAGUUCCUAUACACUACUUGGUUUACAGAUCCUGCUGCUGCUACUAAGCCAACACCAUCAACUCUUCCUUCAAAGCAAAAGCCCUCUCCAAGUUAGUCUUUCUUCUCUUCUUAGGAGGAAGAACAAUAGUGUAUGAAUGUUUCAACAUAAAGGUUGCAAGUUAUUGUAUUUUCUUUGCAAACAUUUUUGUUCAGAUCAUUGUAGGCUUUCUAGAGAUUUGAAACAAGUUCAAAGUGUUUCAUGAAUCAUGAGUGCUAUUGGUUUAUAUAGGUGCAUACAAAGUUAAUGGAAAGCUUAACUAGAGAAACAUACCUUAAGCAAGCACUAUUGUUUGCUUAAAUUUGAUGAGCAAAAUAACGGCUAAAAUUUGCAAAAUCAUGU